AUGGUGUUGUUUUGGACGUCCGCCAUUGUGGUGCUACUGGGAUGCGCCGUCCGGUGGUUUCUUCGGAGAAGACAAACGUUCUGGGUCCGCCGGGGCAUCCCGGCAGCCGAGAAGCCGCAUCUACUGUACGGCAACGUGAAGGGCAUCACUAGCGAGCGACACACGGCCAACAUUCUGCUACAGCUGUACCGCGGUUUCCGCCAACGGCGGCUACCGGCGGGCGGAUUUAAUCUACUCUUCUCCCCGGUACUGCUGGUCAUGGAUCCGAUCCUUAUCGAGCGGGUUCUGGUGCACGAUUUUGAGCAGUUCCAGGACCGCGGCCUGUACGCGAACGCCCGGGGCAAUCCACUGUUCUGCGAAACGUUGUUCACCCUCGGCGGCGACCGGUGGAAGGAUGUGCGCCGUCAGCUGGGUCCGGCGCUUGACACGGUGAACGUGCGCACGUUGUUUGAGGCCACGGUACGCAUUGCGCAGAGUCUGACGAACUACGUGGCGGACCGGGAGCGACCGCAGGAGAUCGAGUGGACCGAUUUGUUGGCCCGCUACACGACGGAUGUGAUCGGUAGCUGUGCCUUCGGUAUUGACUGUCGCACGAUUCGUGACCGGCAUCGGGACGAGUUCCGCAUGAUGGGCCAUCGGGCGUUUCAGUUCAGCUUGCGGCGCAUGUGGAAGCUACGCUUCGGCUACACGUUCCGCCGGCUGGCCGACGUGCUCCGGCUUUGCGUACACGAAUCGUCCGUCGAGCGGUUCUUUCUGCAGCUCUGCCACUCGACCGUUCUGUACCGGGAAAGCUACCAGACGGUGAAGCGAGACUUCCUGCAGAUCCUACUGGAGAUGAAGGGUCGCGGACAGCUCGAUAUGACGCAGGUGGCCGCCCAGUGUUAUCAAUUCUUUAUUGCCGGCUUCGAGACUUCGGCGUCGCUGCUGAACUUCUGUCUGUACGAGUUGGCGCGAAACGUGGACGUACAGCGGCGACUCCGGCUUGCGAUCAGCCGUGCCCUCGACGAAACCGACGGCCAGCUGAGCUACGACGUGGUGACGUCACUAGACUAUCUAGACCAGGUGGUGAAAGAAACGCUCCGCAUGUAUCCGCCGGUGGACUUCCUGGUCCGUGCGUCGAGCGUCGACUACGAGAUCGAUGGCGUUGGAACGGUACCACGCGAUACGUUGUUUGUGGUGCCGGUUUACGCCAUACACCACGAUCCUGAAUACUACCCGGAGCCGGAAGUGUACAAUCCAGAUCGCUUCGCAGCACAACCCGCAGACGCGAAGCCACUCACGUUCCUGCCGUUCGGACACGGUCCUCGCCACUGUCUCGGGGAACACUUUGGCCUGAUGCUCGUCAAAGUCGGUCUGGUGAGCCUGUUGCGCACGUUUCACUUCUCGCUCGACACCGGCCGCAUGCCGGCAAGCAUCAGCUUCAAGCCGCGCUCGCUGGUGCUAGCCCCCACCAGUGGCAUGUAUCUGAACGUGGAGCGUGUUUGA